AUGGAAUUGCUGCUCCUUGCUCUCUGCUGCCUGCACGUUCUCAAGACAGAGGCAGUAGUGGGCAACUGGUGCUACCGGUCCCAGAAGUGUGAGCAGCCGCAGUGUGAAGAUCCUCCUCGAUGGCACCUGGUAAACGCGGAGUGCAAGGGGAGCAGACAGUCCCCUGUCAACAUUGUCACCAAAAAUGUGGUUUAUGACAAGAGCCUCAAGCCCCUGACUUUUGAAGGGUAUGAUGUGAAGGGCUCUGCCAAGUGGGUCCUGGAAAAUAAUGGUCACACAGUUAAAGUGGCACUGGACUCAUCCCCUAAAAUCGGAGGAGGAGGCCUGGGGAGGAAGUACAAGGCAGUAGAAUUCCAUUUGCACUGGGGAGUCCCACAGGAGCCACAAAACAUCCCUGGCUCAGAGCACAGCAUAGAUGGAGAGAAAUACCCCAUGGAGCUUCACGUCGUCCACAUUAGAGAAGAUGCUUCAAAUGUGGCAGAAGCCAAGAAAAAUCCUGAUGGUUUGGCUGUGUUGGCCUUCUUUGUAAAGGCUGACGAAGAAAAUAAAAACUAUGCAACUCUGCUGAGUAAAUUAGAAAAUAUUCAAUUCAAAGGGCAAUCAGCACAGAUGGAUCCUUUGCCACUGAUGUCUCUUCUCCCACCUGAGAAAGACCUUUGGAAGUACUAUCGAUAUCAGGGGUCCCUCACCACCCCUGACUGCUACGAGGGUGUCAUCUGGACAAUAUUUGAGAAGCCAGUUGAGCUCAGCCUGCCCCAGCUUUCCAAGUUUGCAGCACUGCAGUUUGAUACGAAGAACUCCACUGCCAUGACGGAGAAUUUCCGGCCAGCGCAGCCCCUGAACGGGCGCAAGGUGCUCUGGUCAGGGGCCAGCACUGCCCUGCCCGUGGCAGAGCUGCUGCUGCUGCCCCUGGCUCUGACCUGCACCCUCAGCUCUCUGUCCCACUGAGCCUUUCCCACCUCAUCAA